AGAGAGUGAGAGUAAGUAAACUACAGCAGCGGUUUGUUUGUUUGUUUGUAGGAGGAGCUCUGAUGACUUUUCCACGCCUGUGCUCAGACCACCGAGUUUAUGAACGCCGUCAAUCGUGGACUGUGUGAUAGUGUGUAAGUGUGUGUGUAAUGUUGGAUCAUCAGUGUGUGUCUCCAGUCAUCGAGGUCUGUAUUCCGUCUCUCAUGAUGGAAGUGGACGAGACGGGAAAGUUGCUCAAACUCUUCAGGGUGGAGAUUCUUUUCAAUGGAAGGAAACACUUUAUUUUACGGCGGCACAGUCACUUUCAGACGCUUCACAGGAAGUUGAAAAAGAUUCUGCGAGCUCCUGAUUUUCCUAGUAAGCGAAACCAACACCUUCGAACCAAACCACUGGAGCAAAGACGACAGGAAUUGGAGGAAUACAUACAGGUGAUUCUGUAUGAAAAUGAAGCCGUUCCUCAAGAGCUCCUGGACUUCCUACAGGUCAAACAUUUUCAUGCAGCAAGCAAGAACUGCAGCUCAGAUGAAAACCAGUCAGAUGAUUCUCAAGAGGGAUACAGGUUUCAGAUAUUUCAUCAGCGAGUGGUUGGUUUCUCGGCUGACCCUUACCAGCUAGAGUACAGCUCAGAUCUCCCAGAUAUUGUGGUGGCCGGUGUCAUGCAGGGUUUGUACCCAAGAGAUGUCAAAGUGAGUUUUAAGAACAGCUGCAGUAAACCUAGCAGUCCUGUGGGCCUCACCUGUGCACCAGAGUUGCCCAUGUAUCCCAGAAUUCCUUCCAUUACCAUCAACGGGAAUAACGUCUGCUCAUUGCCAGAUUCACAGAGAACAUGGCAAAAUGUUACAAUUUAAAAUGUCUUAAAAUAAAAAGAAAUGUCCCAUUCAUUUUAGGAUGACACAUUUGAGUCACCCAUUUAGAUCACUGAUUUUGUAAAGACAUGACAAUGUGAUGGUCUUUGUGAAGUAGUUUUAACUGUAU